AUGUCCGACCGCGACGACCCCAAUGACAUCUCCCUCUUCUACGGCCACGACGACGACAAUACCCAACAAGAUGCCGAUGUCGAUACCGGUGAACCCUCUUCAUCCUCGCACGGCCCCCUCCUCCCUCGCCCCUCCGACUCGGAAGAAGACCUCAAUCACCGCGCUCUCGCCGCUAGCUCCCGAAACCAGAGCACCGCCGACAAGAUUAACAGAGUUAUGAGCCGGUAUACGUGGGAAGAGUUGGCGGGGAAGGAGAACAAGACGGAUGAAGAGAAGGAUGUUCGUCGUAUCCUGAGUAAUAGAAGGGCGGCGCUGAACUCUCGCAACAAUAAGAAAAAGAAUCAAAAUUCCCUAGUAACCAUCAACGACGACCUAGCUUCCCAGCUCUUCGAGAGCCACAAAACUAUUGACGAGCUCACGAACGCCAGAGACGAGAAAGACCAGCAGGCGCUGACUAGGGACCAGUAUAUCCUUUCGCUGGAAACCAGGCUGACCGCAAUGGAGAAUCUGUUCAUCGAGACUGGCGGAGUUUUGCCCUCGAGUUUUAGUCAACAGCAGUCAUGGUUCCCUUCAGAAGUGGCUCUUCCAGAAGGAGAAGGCGGUGAUAAUCUUUGGACCGACGGCCAACAUGUACAGUUUGGUGAUGGGAGUUUUCUGGGGCCCGACAUGACUCAGCAAGAUAGUACCCAAAUGGAUCACGAGCAAUGA